AUGAGGCCGCGCCUCCUCCCGGAACUGACCCGUGCGGCUGGGCGGGAGGAGCGGCAGGAGCGGCAGGAGCGGCAGGAGCGGGGCUAUCGCCCGCCGCGGGCCAUGGAGGGCCUUCUCGCAGGCGAGGUGGGGCGCCCGGAGCCCGGGGCAGGGCCGGAGGACGCGGCGGAGGAAGCGGUUCCCCGAGUGCCCCGAGCCCCGUGCCUGCGAGGGGCGCCCCGGGCGGAGCGGCCUCGGGGCUCCUGGGACUCCUGGGAGGCGGAGGAGGACCCGGAGUCCGGCGAGCCGCGCGACGGCCGGACGAGCCGCACGGCGUCCCUGGUGAGCGGGCUGCUCACGGAGCUGUACAGCUGCGCAGAGGAGGAGGAGGCGGCGGGCGGGGGCCGCGGGCCCGGGGGUCGCCAACGGCGCCGCGACAGCCUCGACAGCUCCACGGAGGCUUCCGGCUCCGACGUGUUCCUGGGCGGCCGCGGCAGCGCCGGCGACUCGCGCGUGCUGCAGGAGCUGCAGGAGCGGCCGAGCCAGCGGCACCAGAUGCAGUACCUGCGGCAGAAAGACACUACUGAACUGAAGACAAUCCUUCGAGAGCUAAAGUACAGAAUUGGCAUUCAGUCGGCAAAGUUACUCCGGCAGCUGAAGCAAAAAGACAGGCUUCUGCACAAAGUACAGAGAAACUGCGAUAUUGUGACUGCAUGCUUGCAGGCUGUGUCCCAGAAGCGAAGAGUUGAUACAAAGUUGAAGUUCACUCUUGAGCCGUCUUUAGGUCAAAAUGGUUUUCAGCAGUGGUAUGAUGCUCUCAAGGCAGUUGCCAGACUAUCAACAGGAAUACCGAAGGAAUGGAGGAGAAAGGUUUGGUUGACCUUGGCAGAUCAUUAUUUGCACAGUAUAGCUAUUGAUUGGGACAAAACCAUGCGCUUCACUUUCAAUGAAAGGAGUAAUCCUGAUGAUGACUCGAUGGGAAUUCAGAUAGUCAAGGAUCUUCACCGCACAGGCUGCAGUUCUUACUGUGGCCAGGAGGCUGAGCAGGACAGGGUUGUAUUAAAACGGGUCCUGUUGGCCUAUGCCCGAUGGAACAAGAAUGUUGGGUACUGCCAAGGCUUUAACAUCCUGGCCGCUCUAAUUCUGGAAGUAGUGGAAGGCAAUGAAGGGGAUGCACUGAAAAUUAUGAUUUACCUUAUUGAUAAGGUACUUCCUGAAAGCUAUUUUGUCAAUAAUCUCCGGGCUUUGUCUGUGGAUAUGGCUGUCUUCAGAGAUCUCUUGAGACUGAAACUCCCCGAAUUAUCUCAGCACCUGGAUACUCUUCAGAGAACUGCGAACAAGGAAAGUGGAGGUGGAUACGAGCCCCCACUUACGAAUGUCUUCACGAUGCAGUGGUUUCUGACUCUCUUUGCUACAUGCCUCCCUAACCAUACAGUCUUAAAGAUCUGGGAUUCAGUCUUCUUUGAAGGUUCAGAAAUCAUCUUGAGAGUGUCGCUGGCCAUCUGGGCAAAAUUGGGAGAGCAGAUAGAAUGCUGUGAGACAGCAGAUGAAUUCUACAGCACCAUGGGGCGCCUUACCCAGGAGAUGCUAGAGAAUGACCUUCUGGAAAGCCACGAACUCAUGCAGACUGUUUAUUCUAUGGCUCCAUUCCCUUUCCCACAAUUGGCAGAGUUGAGGGAAAAAUACACCUACAACAUUACACCAUUCCCAGCCACAGUUAAACCCACCUCAGUUUCUGGACGACAUGGUAAGGUCAGAGACAGUGAUGAGGAGAACGACCCAGACGAUGAAGAUGCUAUCGCUAAUGCAGUGGGGUGUCUUGGGCCUUUCAGUGGGCUCCUGGCACCUGAACUGCAGAAGUACCAAAAGCAAAUUAAAGAACCGAAUGAAGAGCAGAGCCUGCGGUCUAAUAACAUCGCGGAGCUGAGUCCAGGAGCAAUCAAUUCCUGUCGAAGUGAAUACCAUGCAGCUUUCAACAGUAUGAUGAUGGAACGCAUGACCACAGAUAUCAACGCGCUGAAGCGGCAGUAUUCUCGGAUUAAGAAGAAGCAGCAGCAGCAGGUGCAUCAGGUGUAUAUCAGGGCAGGCUCUGCAGAAGAAAAAGACCAUGGGUUCCUUUUAGGUACCAAGAGCCAGACAGUUGAUGACAAAGGGCCAGUGACCAGCAUUCUCCCAUCUCAGGUAAACAACUCUCCAGUUAUCAACCACCUUCUUUUAGGAAAGAAGAUGAAAAUGUCAAACAGACCUGCCAAGAAUGCUGUCAUCCACGUCCCUGGUCACACAGGAGGCAAGAUGUCUCCUGUCCCCUAUGAAGACCUGAAGACGAAGCUCAAUUCCCCAUGGCGAACGCACAUCCGUGUCCACAAAAAGAACAUGACGAGGACCAAGAGUCAGCUGGGCUGUGGGGACACCGUGGGGCUGAUAGAGGAGCAGAAUGAGGGCUGCAGGGCUAACAGCCUGGGGGCAGCGGAGGCUUCCUCCAGGUGUGCGGCAGCAGCUGGGAGAGAGGGUCGCUGCUCCGAAGGCUGCACCGGGAGGACGAUCGAAGGGCAGUCUCCAGAGCCCGUGUUCGGGGAUGCCCAUGCUGAUGUGUCUGCGGUCCAGGGGAAGUUAGAAGCCUUGGAACUGAACCGGAGGGAUGCUGCUGCUGACCCUGAGCCCAAGGCACACCCACCCUGCCCGCAGCACUUCCCAGAGCUGCCUGAUGCCCCUGGUGAAGCCAGAGCCCCCAGCAAACCUUCCCAGGGCAGCCACCUGAAAGCGCCCAUCUUUAGCCCUUUCCCCAGCGUCAAACCACUGCGGAAGUCAGCCACCGCCAGGAAUUUGGGACUGUAUGGUCCUACAGAAAGAACCCCAACCGUGCACUUUCCUCACAUGAGCAGGAGCUUCAGCAAAUCGGGUGGUGGAAACAGUAGCACUAAGAAACGAUGAUGGCCCUCAGAAACUGAAUCUAGAUUCACCUUCUCAUGGCCGUCUAAGGGGUCCAGCUGAAUGGCUCCAAAAGAGUUUUGACUGUCCAGUGAAAACGAAUAGAUAGUGAGAUGAACACCAGUCUGUGAAAAUGGGAACUGGAAGUUUUAUAAUGGGAGCUAGAAUGGGUAUGUUUUCCCCCACCCACCGAUAACGGAUCCAGUGAAUUCUUGUGGCAGAAUAAAUAUUGUAGUUUUAAA